AAGCGAUGAUGUCUGGAAGAAGGAGAAGCGGAAAAAGGACGCCGGAACGGAGGGGGUGGUCCGUUUGGGUACGAUGGAAUUCACGACUUCCCGUGAGAUGUUUCAAACUGUCAAAGGGUGGAUGACCGAUAGUUAUCUAAAUUUCCCCGUCGUCCAUAGGAUCGUGCCGAGCUUGCUGGACUUGGUGAAGAAGGGUCAUCCCGAGCCACAUAAAAUGAUUGGUUGUGGGGUCGAUUCAUUUCGAGUCCGAAACGACACGAUGUGCAGCCACUUCCGCACCUUCUUUAUCGUUAGGAAAGAUGAUUCGACCGCAGAUUUCUGCUUCAGGACCUGUGUAAACAACAUCCUUCCAUUACCCGAGGAUUUGAAAGAUCAAGGGGGUGUUGUUGUUGCUGUUUGUGCAUGUCAUAUAGCAGGAGGCAUGGGUCGUUUGCGUGCUGAUAGAGUGGCAGAGGAACUUGAAAGGCUUACACGAGAACAAAAUGCUAGGCUAGAUGAGGAGGAGAGGAUGGGAAGGCUCAACACCGUCAUCUUGGGUUCGAAGAAAUUCUAUUACUCCACGCAAUUGUAUAGAUACUUUUACUCGUUGCUUAUGAGGUCCCCACUUAAUUAGACUCUCGUCGAGAAGCAUGCCCACCUGAUGUUACUGGAGUUAUUGAAGAAGGGUGAUCCAGAGUCGGAAAAAAAGAUUGGUUCUUCUGGCGUCGAAUCAUUUCAAGUUCGAAUCCAUCCAGCAUACGAUAGUGAUCUGAGAAGCUUCUACUUUGUUAGGGGAGAUGGUUCUAUGGAGGAUUUCUGCUUCAUCAAAUGUGUUGAUCAUAUCUUUCCCUUGACAGAGAAAUUUCAAGAACAAUGCGUUGGUCCUUGUAGCUGUCAUCAUGAAGAAGAUGGGGAAGGUGGUGUCACCUUGGGUUGGCUGAAAUUUCAGAGUUCAACACAAAUGUUUUCAUAUUUCGGAAGUUUGAAUCAUCUUUGUCCAUAUGAAUCUCCUAUCACCGACCCGGUUAUUCAAACGGUAGUGUUGGCUUUGCUGAAGAAGGGCGAUCCAGAGUGGGAGAAGAAGGUUGGUUCGGGAGGGGGUCUCCAAUCAGUACAAAUUCGGAGGCCCACAGUGGGGAGCUAUCCGACCUACUUCGUUGUUAGGAACGAUGGUUCUAUGGUGCCUUUCUGCUUCUGGACAUGCAUCGACAAUCUCAUUCCUUUGCCAAAUGACUAUAAAAACCGAUGUGCUGCUGGUGCUGGUCUUAAAAGUUUCAGAGGAGCUAUACGUGGCGCUAGUGGAUGAAGUCAUGGCCGCCGCACUUUGAUUUGAAGGGUUGGGUUUCUCUAUUUGUUACAUGGUGUCGUAGUUUGGUUUAUUGUAUGUAUGUUUUGCAAGCUUUACUUUUGACAUUAGAAAGUGUUUGGGAUGUUGAGUUUUAGAUGCCAUUCAUAAGUUGUUAAAUCCCCAUUAUAUUUAGAUUGGUUUAUGUACCAUUAUUUACUGCUUAAAUUAAGGUUAAGGUUGUGUGAUGGUUUCUUUUGUAGAGCUCACUUUUUUAGGUUAGGUGUGGAUUUUGAUUUGUGCAACCUGUAGAUACUCUACCGAAUUCAUGUCACAUCUACUUUCUA